AGGCAGAUGUUGACCUAUGUAGAAGAAUCCCCCUCCCCGAGAUCGACUAUAGAAUACAGCAAGUCGAUGCUAAGACCGUCAGAGAGGUGUGCGUUCGCUACCUCUACGAUCGCUGCCCUGCAGUUGUUGGCAUUGGUCCCGUAGAACAGCUACAGCUUGCGGACUACAACAGAAUCAGGAGCAAUAUGUGGUGGAUGAGGACGUGAGACACCGCGACAGGGAGUCUAUAGUCUCACCGUCACACGCAGUCGCCCGGACUUCCACCUCUGUUUGUAGCUCAUGCAUCAUUAUAUAGGCUAGCAACGAGUUGUGUAUUAUUAUAAUAAGCAUAAUUUAUUCCUGGUGUCUGUAUUGUUGAGGGCCGAUUAUGAAUGCUAUAAUAGGUGGAGGUUAUAUCUGUGUUAUG